CAGGGGCGGUCUUUGAAAAGUUUUCAGGAAGUUGUUUGAUACAACUUUGACAGGAAGCGAUUCCCAGACAGUUCGUCUUUUAAGAGUCCGACAGGCUUGUUUUUUUGGGGGGUGAAAAAUGCAGAGCAGUGCUUACGGGGCGUCUCUGGCCGGCGGUGCCUUUGACAUAGCGGACUUUCUGAAGCGGCCUCAGGUGAUCCUGCGCUGCGUGAGCUGGUUGUGCUCCAUUGUGGUCUUUGCAACCAUCACAGCAGAAGGCUACACGAAUGAAAUUACAAAGGAAGAAGUCAAGUGCAUGUUUAACGGCAAUGACAGCGCUUGCAGCUACGCCGUGGGAAUUGGAAUCCUGGCCUUCUUGGCGUGUGUCCUAUUCCUUGUUCUAGAUGCCUACUUUCCAAAUAUCAGCAAUGCCAAAGACAGAAAAUACAUUGUCAUAGGAGAUUUGGCGUUUUCAGCGGGUUGGACGUUCUUGUGGUUCGUCUGCUUCUGCGUCCUGGCCAACCAGUGGUCCAAAACUCCAGAAAAUCCUGCUCUCCAGGCUGACGCUGCCCGGGCUGUCAUAGCCUUCUCAUUUUUCUCCAUCAUCUCUUGGGGCCUUUUGUCGUACUUUGCAUAUGGAAGGUUUUCCCAAGGAGUGACUGACUUUAACCAGGAGUACACAGACCCCGUCAGCGACCACACCACUCCCUACCCCCCCAGCUCGUACGGCAACAGCAGCGGCCCCGCGGGCUACCAGCAGUCACCGUUCCCCCAGAGCCAGGAGCAACCAGGAGAGUACCAACCUCCCUCUUACUGAAGGACUGAGGUUCAGACACAAUCCAAAUGAAUCCAGGUGGGGGUUGCCUUGUGCCAAUUGCUUUGUUCAUAACAUUGAGCUCUGAUUCGCACUCCCGCAGAACGCAUUUGCAUACUUCUGAGCGCACUGAUUUGUAAUUUGCUGCAUCGCAAUUGCACGUUGUUUGGUGCAUUAGUGUUGUUCAAGGUUUAACACAAAUGAACUCAGAGUUAAGAUGUUUUUUUCUUUUUUUGACAUGAUUAUUUCCUUUUUAUAGAAGAUAUGAACAUGGUGGCAUUGUUGCCAGAAUAAAUAGUAGCUUCAGUGUGUGCUCCCCCGCUUUUUUUUUUUUUUUUUCCAAUGAGUGCAAUUUAAGAACUGCUAAUAUCAGAUGUGACAGUCAAAUGAGUUAGGAAUCAUUUUUCUUCAGAAAAUAAGUUUUCAUUUAAGAGAGAAUGUAUUUUAUUUACAAAUGUGUUACUUGAGUGCAUAAAACCACCCUUUUUUUUUUUUUUUUUUAAAAAGAAGAAAUUCCUAUGUUCUCUUUGUAACUACUGUAAUGACAUCUUGUUUUACGUCGGCCACUAAAAGCAGGUUUAUAUGCACUGAAAUCAGUUAGUUUUUCUUGGAGGUUUAAUCUUUUGCUUCAACUUUGCCUGUGGUUUAUCUUAUCGGUGUGUCACUUCAAUGUAGUCAGACCAUUUACUUCUUCUUAAGAUGUUUAAUGGGCUUUUUUCUUUUGUUUUUAGUUCACGUGCUGUUUUUAGCAAAUGUUACUCACAUCAUCUUUUGGGUUCUGAUGUUUUGAUAAAUCAAAUAUCUUUAUUAUCUUAUCCCUGUGAAAUACAGGUUCUUGACAAUCACCAUCUUUUCUUUUACAUCACCUUUUCCCUUUCAUUUCAUUUUUUUGGACUGUCAUUGUUCCACUUAUUCGCUUUAAUAACAAGUCCACGUUCAAGUGCCUUGUACAACGGCCUGUGUGAGGCAGGCUUUGCCAAAUAAACAGUUCCGGUUUUGA